AUGUUGGACCUGCCACCCUCUUCAUCACCCUCCGAGGUGGACCCAUCUGAUUCUCCUGGUGGAUUUCAGAGCCAGAGCCCCCGAAGGCUGCCAGGACUAUACGGGAGGGAGGCCCAAAAAGCCCCUGGGUUGGGAGAGUGGCAAGCCUCACCCCGGGCAGCUGGUGUGAAACCUCAGGCUCCUUGCACUGGGGGCCAACAGCCAAGGGAAAGAGGCCAGAGGGGACGCUCCUUGUGGGAGGCACGAGGUGGUCUAGUCCACUUUUCUUCUCUCUCUCUUCCAGGCUUCUCCCACCUGCCCAGUGGGCUGUACCCAUCCUACCUCCACCUGAACCACCUGGAGCCCCCCAGCAGCGGGAGCCCCCUCCUCAGCCAGCUGGGUCAGCCCAGCAUUUUUGAUACCCAGAAAGACGGCUUCUACCUGCCUGCCCCAGGGGCUCCGGGCGCCCUGCACUCUCAGGCGCCCUCCUCCAGGACCCCAGGCGGCCACUCCUCGGGCGCCUCGGCCAAAGGCUCCUCGCGGGAAGGUGCAGCCAAGGAGCGCGCGGGCCGCGGCGGGGAGCCUCCGCCGCUGUUCGGCAAGAAGGACGCGCGGGCCCGGGAGGAGGCCUCGGCCAUGCAGAGCCUCAUCAAGUACAGCGGCAGCUUCGCGCGCGAGGCGGGCACCGUGCGCCCCGGCGCCUGCGGCAAGAAGAGCCCCUUUGGAGGCCUGGGCACCAUGAAGCCCGAGCCUGCCCUCACCGGCACCACCGCCUCCACCGCCACCACCACCACCACGGGUGCCCCACGUGCCCAGGCUCGCCUCCCUCACCCUGGGGGCCCUGCCCCGGCUGGGGGCCGGCAGCUGAAGCGGGAUCCGGAGAGGCCCGAGAGCGCCAAGGCCUUUGGCCGUGAGGGCUCCGGUGCCCAGGGCGAGGUCGAGGUGCGACACCCGCCUGUGGGCAUCGCGGUGGCUGUGGCCCGGCAGAAGGACAGUGGCGGCGGCGGCCGGCUGGGGACUGGCCUGGCGGACCAGGAGCGCUCCCUGUCCCUGAGCAACGUCAAAGGACAUGGCCGGGCCGAUGAGGACUGUGGGGAUGAGCGGGCCCGGCACCGGGAGGAGAGGCUGCUGGGGGCGCGGCUGGACCGGGACCAGGAGAAGCUGCUCAGAGGAUGCCUGGCGGGGUUUGGGGGGGCAGGACAUGGCCGGGCCGAUGAGGACUGUGGGGAUGAGCGGGCCCGGCACCGGGAGGAGAGGCUGCUGGGGGCGCGGCUGGACCGGGACCAGGAGAAGCUGCUCAGGUGA